AUGGUGACAAACGCGGCAGCCGACGACUGGCUCUCAUCCCAGCUGGCCAGCGACGGUCGCAGGGAGGCGGAGAUCCUCUCUCGCGCGUGGUUCCAGCUCCGACUCUCCAUUCGCGCUCCCAAUCGCUUCCCUCCGUGGGACGCGCUGCUGAUUACUGCCGCGAGCGACGCCCAGGCUGACCUUUACUCCAGGCAGCUGGCAGCAGCGCGGCACAAUGGGCACAUAGCAGCGGAGACCAUCGUGCUGGCAGUGCCCGACAGGGAGGGGAAGCGGAUCGGAUCUGGAGGAGCGACCCUGGGAGCUAUCCGGGCACUGAGGGACCAUCUGGGGGAGUCCGCUUCUGCCCGUCUCCCAUCAAUGAAGGUGCUGCUGGUGCAUGCAGGGGGAGACAGCAAGCGACUGCCAUGGGCCAACCCGUGUGGCAAGCCCUUUGUGCCCUUCCCGCUGCUGGCUGGGGACGACCCUGACGGACCCCCCUUGACUCUCUUUGACCACAUUCUCGCCGUCUCUGCUCUCGCGCUUCAGGCACUCCCCUCUGAUGGCGAUGUGCUGCCAUGCUUCAACGCCUCUCGCAUCUGCCUGCCCUCCCACGGGGCGCUGGUCGUCACUGCUGCUGUGCCGCUGGACGUGGCCUCCCGGCAUGGACCAAGUGUGGGAGAAAUGGUGGAGAGAGGGGCACUAUGCCGCACCGGGGGAGCGCUGCUAGACACGGGGAUCUACGCUGUGUGUGGUGACACGUGGCGCGACCUGAUUGGCCUGGCGACCAGCGAGGAGGACUUGCUAGGAGAGCUGCUGGCGUCUGGCGAAGAGGUGAGUAGAGUGAGGUGGAGGAGGGGGUGGAGUGAGGGGUUGAAGGGAGUGAGGUGGAGUGGAGAUGAGAUGGAAGGGGACUUUCGAGGCGCCUUAAAGGAGGACGUGCGCAGAGCUGCUGGCGUCUGGCGAAGAGAUGAGUGGGUGGGUGGGAGGAGGUUGAGUGGGGUGAGUAGGUUGAAGGGAGUGAGGUGGAGUGGAGUUGCACGCCUCUCUCAUCCCAUGCACUUGAGUUGGCAGCAGCAUGGGUACCGGCACGGCAUGCCUGGCUCUCUACUCGCCCCCUGGGGCCACAACUCCUCGCCCACCUCAGCUCGCACUCUCUCUUCCACCACUGCUCAGGCGAUCUCUCCUUCCUGCAUUUCGGCACCUCAUCAGAGUACCUCCACUCCACCACAUGCGCCUUGCUUACCCGUCGCGCGUGCCUCCUCUCCCCUCCCUUCCCAUCCGCCCACCCCACCCACAGACGAUCUCUCCUUCCUGCACUUUGGCACCUCAUCCGAAUACCUCCACCAAAAGCGCCUUUCUUACUCGUGGCAUGUGCUCUUCCUCUCCCCUCCCUUCCCAUCCGCCCACCCACAGACGAUCUCUCCUUCCUGCACUUUGGCACCUCAUCAGAAUAAUCUUUCCUUCCUGCACUUCGGCACCUCCUCAUCCGAAUACCUCCACUCCACCAAAAGCGCUUUUCUUACUCGUGUCGUGGCAUGUGCUCCUCCUCUCCCCUCCCUUCCUAUCCGCCCACCCCACCCACAGAUGAUCUCUCCUUCCUUCAUUUCGGCAUGUCAUCUGAAUGAUCUCUCAUUCCUGCACUUUGGCACGUCAUCCGAGUAUCUCCACCACAUGCGUCUCGCCUACACCGGGCGAAUGCCGCGCCGUCACCUCAGCGCGGUCGCCGCGCCCACAGACUGCCACGUGGCGCAAUCUGCAGCGCUCAUCUCAUCGCACGUGCCACCUGGCGCGUGCGUUGGGGAAGGCAGUGUCAUCUCUGACAGCUGGCUGGCCCAUGGCACGCGGAUAGGCGACCGAUGUGUCGUGAUUGGCGUAGACGCUGCUGCCCCCGCUGCUGCUGCUGAGUCAGCAUCUGCCACGUCAGCAGCAGAAUCCGCUGAUGCAGCAGUUUUUUGCCCGCUAGUGCUGCCGAGCCACAUGUGCUUAUGGCAGGUGCCACUGAAAGGGGGGCGGGAGGUCACCCUGUGCUGCGGCGUGGAUGACAACCCUAAGUUGUCGUUUUCUGGGGGAGGCUCCUUCUGUGGCCGCCCCUGGAAUCUCUGGCUGAAAGACAGAGGGCUGAAAGAAACGGACAUCUGGCCAGGUCUGGUGCUAGGUCUGGUGCCAGGUCUGGUGCUAGGUCUGGUGCUAGGUCUGGUGCUGGGUCCGGUGCUAGGUCCGGUUCUAGGUCCGGUGCUGGGACUGGUGCUAGGUAUGGUGCUAGGUCUGGUGCGAGGUUCGGUGCUGGGUCCAGUGCUAGGUGUGGUGGUAGGUACAGCUACUGCCCCACAGAUUCUCGUUCCUGCUCUGUGUUCCUGCUACCCACCCACUGUGUCUCGACUCACCACCCUCUCCCUCCCUCAUCUCCCUCUUGCCAUGUCCCCUUCCCUCUUUCAGAUACAGACAACCAAGGCCGCCCAAUUCAACCAAAGCAGGACCUCUGGAACGCCCUCCUCUUCCCCAUCCUCCCUUCCGGCUCCGGGCUUCCCCUCGCCAUGUUGCUUCUCGGAAGCUUCCCUCCUACUCUCACCCAAGUUUCCGGCCACACCCCCAGCCAAGACCUCAGCCAACAGUACACUGACACGGCGGUUGCCAAACAAGGAGGGAGAGGGCGGAAACGAGGGGGUGGGAGAUGGGCUUGACAAUGGGGGGAAAGGGCAGCAGCAGCAGCAGCACCAGCAGCAGCAGCAGCAGCAGCAUUUGCAGCAGCAGCAGCAGCAGCAGCAUUUGCAGCAGCAGCAAGAGUGGGCGGGUGUGCCUAUGAGUCGUGUGCUUCAAGCGAAGCUAGACCUGGUUAGGGCAGCACAAGGGGUAUAUGGCGACGGGGAGAGGGGAGUGGAUGGAGAAGGCGAGGGGGCGAGAGGAGAGGGCCGAGAAGGGGAGGGGGAGAAGAGAGGGGAGGGAGAAGAAGGAGGGAGGGAGAGGAGAGGGGACGGGGAGAGAGAGUGGGGUGAAGAGGAGGAGUUGCAGGAGGGAGUGUGGAGGGCAGUGGCUGAGGAGGCAGCGGUAGCAGUGGGAAUGGGAGGGGAGGGGAGAGAUGACGAGUUGGGGUCAACUCAAGGCUCCACUCAAGAGCAUGCACCUCUCCCGCUAGGCGCCACUGUGACUGUAACCCUACCUGUGAGACUGGACAUAGCAGGCGGGUGGAGCGACACGCCUCCCUGGAGUCUAGAGCGGUGCGGAACGGUGCUGAACAUGGCAGUGCUGCUGGAGGGAAAGAGACCUGUGGGCGCCACUGUGACUGUUGUGAGAGAGCCUGGUGUUUUAAUGGAGGACGAUCACGGUGCUUCCCUCCACAUCCCCGACCCCGCCACCAUCCCUCCCCACCUCUCGCCAGAAGAACCGUUCGUUAUAGUCAAGGCUGCACUCCUAGUCACUCGCAUAUCCACCCUCCUCUCCGCCUCCUCCUCCUCCUUAUCAUGUGCGGGCCUGCAUAUCCGAACAUGGGCAGACGUCCCCAGGGGCAGUGGUCUUGGCACCAGCAGCAUCGUGGCAGCUGCUUUGGUGCGAGCGCUGCUGCUGCUGAUCAGAGGGGGAGGCAGGGGCAGGACUUCGGGAGAGAAAGCACCUGAAGCAACAGCGGAGCCACCUGGGGCAGCAGAGAAAACACCUGAGGAAGCACCUGCGGUGACGGACGAGGAAGUGAGCCGGCUGGUGCUGCUGCUGGAGCAGAGGAUGGGCACGGGGGGCGGGUGGCAGGACCAAGUAGGUGGCCUGUACCCGGGCGUCAAGUGCACCACCAGCCUACCCACUCGCCCCAUUCGUCUCGUAGUGGACCCGCUGCCGCUGCUGCCGGCGUUCCGCUCUGCCCUGCAGCAACGGCUCGUGGUUGUGUUUGUGGGCCAGGUGCGCUUGGCCCGUAACGUCUUGAAGAAUGUGGUAACCCGUUACCUGCAGCGGGACUCUCGCCUCAUCUCCGCCAUCCAACGGCUCACAGACCUUGCCGAGAUCGGCCGUCGCGCGAUCUCAACCGCCGAUCUCGACCUUCUAGGGCGCGUUCUUUCCCAUACCUGGGACCUUCACCAGGAGCUUGACCCGCACUGCAGCAAUCCACAUGUCGACACGCUAUUGGCCGCUGUAGAGCAUCUGAGUUGUGGGGCGAAGCUUGCAGGGGCGGGAGGGGGAGGGUUUGCGAUGAUCAUGGGGAGGAGCGAGGAGGGAGCUGAAGAGAUUAAGGGGAUUUUGAGAGGGAUGGGGGAGCCUGUUAGGGUGUAUGACUGGGCUGUUGCUGUGUGA